UUCAGUGGGCGCGCUUUUGUUUACAUUCGUGCGGAAUUACCUUUUUAUUUUACGCGACAGCAACACACACGCAGCUUUGAUGACCUCUUUUGCCUUAUUUGUCACAUGAAGGCGUAUAUGAGAAGAACAAAGGCGCGCCUGCAUCUGUUGCUCAAUUGAUGGCGAGCUAAAAUCAGCUAAAAUCAAAUUGGGCAAACCAUCGUUAUCAAGGACGUUUGCCUCUUAUCAGAGAUCCUGCUAUCAAUUUGAUCGCCCCCAUUCGAGCUGCAUUAUUAUUCCCUGAACGAAACACAAUGGUUGUGACAGAGGAAAGUAAAAGUGCGGCUGGAAUGGACAAAGAAAAUCAGCCAAGUCAGAAAAAGGGCAGCUCGAAGAGCAAAGUAAGGGCUCCUCCUAACAGAAAAUCACCUGCUCUUCUUGCAGCAAUGCGACAGGCUAAGCAAGCCCACAAAAAGACCAGCCCGAAAGAUACCCUUGUCCUCAAUCCCUUCCAAGUUGCUGAAGAUGCAAAAAAUGUAGUUCAAGGCCCUACAGCUAUGAUAACUGAACCCAGGAUGGCAGAGCAUUUUUGCUUUUGGGAUAAGGGCUAUCCUGAGUGUCCAGAACGUCUGACACAAACUGUUGAGAGAUGCAAAGAACUGGCAUUAGUUGAUAGAUGCCUCUCAUUGGAACCUUACUCUGCAACACAUGAAGAUGUCCUUGCCAUACACACUGAAAAACUUAUUAAUCUUUUAAAGUCAACCGACAAAAGCAAAAACUGGGAUGAACUGGAGGAAAUAUCUUCAAAAUACGAUGCAGUUUAUAUCCAUCCAGUCACCUAUGAAAUGGCAUUUCUUGCUGCUGGCUCGGCUACAAAACUAGUUGAAACUAUUUGCAAAGGGGAGGCGCAGAAUGGCAUGGCUUUAAUUAGACCACCUGGUCAUCAUGCAAUGGAGGAUGCAUUCUGCGGCUACUGCUUCUUCAACAACGUUGCCGUUGCUGCUCGAAAAGCUUUGGACAAUGGUUGGGCAAAGCGGAUCCUGAUUGUUGACUGGGACGUACACCAUGGCCAGGCCACCCAGCAGCAGUUCUUCAAUGACCAUAGAGUCCUUUAUUUCUCAGUCCACCGUUUUGAGAAUGGGGAGUUUUGGCCAAACCUGAAAGAAUCCGAUUUCAACUUUGUCGGUGCUGGCUCUGGAGCCGGCUGCAAUGCAAAUGUUCCAUUAAACAAAACAGGAAUGGGUGAUGCUGACUACUUGGCCAUUUUCCAAUACUUGCUGCUUCCACUGGCACAUCAGUUUGUGCCAGAUCUUGUUUUGGUUUCUGCUGGUUACGACUCAGCCCUAGGCGAUGAAAAGGGAGAGAUGAACUUGACGCCUGCGCUCUAUGCCCAUCUUACAAAUCUUCUGUCUGUGCUUGCAAAUGGAAAGCUGGCAAUUCUGAUGGAAGGAGGCUACUGUUUGCGGUCACUUGCAGAGUCGGCUGCUCAUACUUUGAGAGCUCUCCUUGGUGAUCCAUGCCAACCCCUGGGUAACCUUCCAGCCCCAUCUGAAAGUAUAUGCGAGUCAAUUGUCAACACGCUGUACUGCCUACGACCUUUCUGGGAUGCUUUUAAGCACCACCCAACAGUCAAGGACGAGAGAGCUAACGAAAUGAAAAUCCACUUUCCCGAAGUAAUCUGGAAAGGACCUAAUGAGCCCCCAGCAACGGUUUUUGCAACUAGAGAUUGCUAUCCCAUCCAGAGUGAAGAGUUCAAGUCGUCCGUCAAUGCUAGGCUUGACUCAUUAAUCUCUGGCUACAACCUCAAUGCAGCUCCCCAUAAACUUGGAUUGAUCUACUGCGAGACAAUGAUGCAACAUGCUAACGAAGGCCAAUCCACCCAUGUUGAAAGUCCCAAGCGAAUUUCAGCAAUUUUUGAACGGCACAAGGAAUAUGAAUUGCUGGACAGAUGUCACAUCUUAAAGCCUGCCAAAAUAACUAGAGACAAACUCAUCAAAGUGCAUUCCGAAAGCCAUGUUGAGAGCAUGCGGAGAACUAGCGAGAAGUCAUUUCCUGAACUUGCUGAUUUUGCCCAGUCAUUUAAUUCCAUCUACUUCAACAAAGAUACUUACAAAUGUGCUGAAUUGGCAGCAGGAUGUGUUGUCAAGGCUGUUGAUUCUGUGAUGCAAGGUGAAUGUAGGGCAGCAGCAGCCAUUGUCCGCCCGCCAGGCCACCACGCAGGCACUUCUUUGCCAUGUGGCUUUUGUAUCUUCAACAAUGUCGCCGUUGCAGCCCAACAUGCAUUGGACAACUAUAAUCUGGAAAGAAUUCUGCUUGUUGAUUGGGAUGUGCAUCAUGGCAACGGUACACAGGAAAUGUUCAAGAAAGAUCCUCGUGUCUUGUAUGUGUCAAUGCACCGCUACGACAACGGCACAUUCUUUCCAGCAAAUAUAUCUACACAAGAAGCUGAGGCAGCUAAUGCUGAUUAUGUAGGCAGUGGAUUGGGUGAAGGAUAUUGCGUCAAUGUGCCUUGGAACAAGAAAGGGAUGGGUGAUGCUGAGUACUUAGCUGCAUUUUUGCAGGUUGUGCUUCCAAUUUCUUACCAGUUCAAUCCGCAGCUUGUUCUCAUCUCUGCUGGUUUUGAUGCAGCUAUUGAUGAUCCUCUUGGAGGUUGCAAGGUAAGCCCUGAGAUGUAUGGGCUCAUGACUCGAUGGUUGCAAGGAUUAGCUGGAGGAAAAGUUGUCAUGGCUCUCGAAGGGGGAUAUAAUGUGACCAGCAUCUCCUAUGGAUUCACAAUGUGCAGCAAAGCUUUGCUAGGAGACCCAAUCGCACCAAUGACGGCCACUAGAGCUACUCCCAGCUCCAGUGCAAUUUCCAGCAUUAGAAAAACCCAACUGGCCCACAGUCGCUUCUGGUCUUGCCUUGGUUUCUUUAAUUAUUGUCUGCCAUAUCGAGAUGGGGAGGUUGUCAUGGGAAGCUAUGAUGCUAAAACAGAUGUAGAUGAACUAGAUCAGGCAUUGUCAAGCCUGAGUCUUUCCUCGUCCAUUUCACCAGGAGUGUCUUCCACCCAGUCUCCAGUUGAUUCAGACAAGCCAGGAAUCUCGGAGGCAAGCACCUCUCAAGGAAUUUCUUCUAGCGCAGCAUCUUCUCCUGAUGGAGAAACAAUUAGGCAUGAUUCCACUGAUAAGGCUCCAGUUCAGACCCUGGAAGACUAUUUGCGAGAGCUGCAAUCUCAGGGAGAUGAGUUUAGUCUUGUUGUACCAAUUUCCGACUGUCCUCAUUUGGACCGAGUUGAGCCUCUGCCUGAGAACGGCUUAGAUAUCAAUCAAAAUUGUGGCGCAUGCGAAAAGGAAAACCACGCAGAAAACUGGGUGUGCUUGACUUGUUAUGAAGUCAUGUGCGGAAGAUACAUUUGUGGGCACAUGAAAAUGCAUAGUGAGCAGCACUCACACCCUUUGGUUUUGAGCUACUCUGACCUCUCUGUGUGGUGCUAUGGGUGCGAGAGCUAUGUUGAUGCACCGGCACUGCACGAAGCAAAAAAUAUUGCUCACAUUGCCAAGUUUGGAACAGAGAAGCCGUGGACAUAUGGAGAAAUCAAAAUGGUUUGAUGAAAGCUUAAAAGUUGUUUUACUAAACCCAGCUAUGCAGCAACUUGUUUAGUUUUACCAAAGCUAAUGACAUACCUCGCAUUGCCUUGCAAAAAUAUAGGAAUGCCUAAUUUGCAUGACAAAAAAAUUCCAUGAAGUAUACAUUUUGUGUACUUCUUAUGACAAUUUCAACUAAUUUGCUUUUAAAACGUACCACAGUAGCAUGUUAGCACACAAAUUUCACUGUGCCUUAUUCAGCAGAAAAUUAAUGUAUGUAUUUUUGCAGUCUCAUAUAAAAGUCUUAACUCCUAAUGCUCAACAUGUGGACCAAUAGGGAUUUUUGCCAUUAAAAUAAUAUAAUAGAAUUAGCUUCCAGAAAUUAAAAACUUUCUGUGAUUGGUGAUUCUGUGUGCAUGUACCAAAAUAAUGUCUUAUUUUUCAUGAUUUCAUUGGAUAACAUAAUAAAUUAUUUGAAUAAACUUAA